GCUACCUCGUUCAACUAUAAACCACAGCUCAGCAGUUCCAAGUGAAAAGUAAAGUCAACAUAUUAGCAACGAGAAUCUGAAUUAACGGGCAACAAUGGGGGAUAUAUCUAUACAACCGUCUCCUGGACGAACUAGCCCCCAAGCCAUGAAACCGUCCGAAGGAACAGGGACAGCAACACGAAAUGCACCAAACGAACAGGGAAGUAGACAUAAACUUACCUUCUCUGAGUAGCAUCGACUUUACCGCAUUUGUAUAUACAGUUGUCAAUCCAAAACCACCGCCUCGGUUGUCCCUUUUAUAUCGAGGCCUCCCUACCCUGAACCUCUCCCACACUACCCCAGCAGCCAGGAUAUUUACCACACCACAUUCUAACCGCCAUUACGAAAUCUCCGUUAUUCCAUUAGGCCAACCAGAAGAGAUGGUGCCCGAAAUCGUCGUCUCGUCACACCCCUUCGACUUGACCUCCCAGGCCCCCAAGACUCCUCACAACCCGAAAACUGCAGAUCAAUCCCAGAUCUAAGGGGACUCUCCACACCUGGUAAGCACCGUGUUGAAGACUCUCUUCAAGAGAGGCUGUCAGGUGCAAUCAGCAGUGCUCAUCAGCGAGUAACAUCAGAGGUCACAUUGCACGGAAGGAUCCUGAUGGAUCUGCGUUUUAGGCUGGGCCGGGGGGAAGGAGUUAACCCCUGGCGUUUCUGAAGGCUGGCCAAUGCCCCAAUGGGCAGGGAUUAUGGAUGACUGUCUAACAUUGGGGACUUGUUACAUGUGAUGGUGUUGAGUUGGGUUGGUAAGAGACGUUAUUGUGCGGUCACUUACUCCCUCUGCUCCGGGGAGUAUACACUUACUCAAUGCCAACGCUAGUAGUAGAACCACAGUUACUUACUGCUGAUCUUAAUAAAGACUUUAUUC